AGAGGAGAGGAGAGGAGAGGAGAGGAGAGGAGAGCUUGUAGGAGCGAGCCGGCAGCUCACCCCACCUGGGCUCUUUAAGGGCGCUGGCAAGGAGCUCCCUACCAUUCCCAAACUUCUCCUUUUACAGGAGCCGAGGCGGCAGGCAGGCAUGUGUAAGGCAGACAUGGCUAUUUUCAGCGUAGGGGGGCGGGGAGGGAGCCUGCUCCCCCGUCCCACGCACAGCCCGAGCUCCGGCACACGAAUGGCCGCACGCGUCCGCAGGGGCUGGGAAAACCGCCCAGCAAAUCCCCCCUUCCACACGGCGGGGCAGCCAGCACUGUGCUCAAAGUGCGUGGUGUGAACACCGAGAUCAUACACAUAAUGAAGGCUGGGAUUAAGGAAAUAAUGAAGCUGGGAUGUUCUCCCGGAGAACUGACAGCCACACGUGGUGGCUGGUGCCUUGAGCAUUGCUGGGUGGGGGGAGACUCCUGGAUGCUGGUGCAAAGCACGGGGCAGGGACGCGGGCGGCACCGUGCCACCCUUGUGCGGGGAAAACAGCGUUUUCUCCAUCCCUCUGCCUUUCUCUCCUGCUCCAGCUCCUGAUGGUGAGGUCUGCAACACUCAACAUGAGUAACCUGCAACCCACCUAAACCCCCCCGCUUUCCUAAGUGGUCCUAGAGAUGCCAGCAUGGUCCCCCUCUGUUUGGCACCUUGGGUUUUACCCUGAUGGGCGCUUCAUGGCAGCUUCGCGUGGUGUUGGAGGUCACCUCACCCAUCCGGACCACAGCUCCGCAAGGGCUGCUCCAUUCCCGGGAGGGCUCAGAGCGAGCCUGGCCCAGAUCCCUGCUCUGCUGGCCCAGAUCCGACCACUGCACAUGGGCACACCCUGGUGGGAUGUCCCCAGCGCCCGGGCAGGUCAGUGAUGGCAGUGUCCCAGUGUGUCCGUGCGGCCCGAGGCGCGCUGGGUUUGCAGGCGGAGGCGCAGGCGUGGAGGCGGCAGGAACAGGCAGCAGGGGCAGGAUGGCUGGCUGGUGCUAUCUCUGACACAGAUCGCUUUUACAGCCUGCUGUUUACAGCGCGGAGCCGCGGGCAGGUAGGGUUAGGCUGGAGGGGUGACUCACAGCGUGAAGCAGAACACAGCCCGCUGCCUCUCCGCACCCGGCUCAGAGAAAUGGGAUAAUAACUGGUGUGAGAAGCGCCAUGAGGCUCUGUCCCUCCAUUCCCCUGACGGCCGUCAGGGCGCCCGGACGCAGGACUGGAAUUCUUGACUGCUUGAACACUCACCCUUAAAUGUUUCAUCAUGAAAGAGGGGAAGACGAAAUAAAAAUAUGAUGAGUCGGAGCCCAGGCAUUGCUCAGCCGAGGGCUUGGUGACCUGCCAGAUUCCUGGGGGGAUGCUUUUAAUUUGGAUAAAUGGAAGUUGCGUAAAUGGUAGAAAUCGUGCGUUGCCCUUGCUACUAACACAGAGGUGUGGGCACAGCUGGCAGUGCUGCGCGGUGCGCCGGCGCCGGCUGAGCGCCCAGCCACGCUGCGUGCCGGGGCCGACGCUGCCAUUGCCCGUGCACAGCUCCCACCCCGCGUAUCCACAGGAGCGACCCGGCUGGCAACAGACAGACAGACACCAUUCCCUUCACCCUCUGCCCUGCUAGCGUUCUUUUUUUGGAGCAGCUGUUUUCCAAAAACAGCUUGAAAAUACGUAAACUAUCAUACCAGAGCGGAGCAGUCACACGUAGGUCUCCCAUCCCUGCCGGUCAGGCCAGUCCCUAUGAGCUCAUGGUGUUUGUGGUUUCCUGAAGCAGCUGUUCAGCACUGGAAGGAAAAAUGCUGAGCAGCUGGGGACACCGGGAUUGCUUCUGUGUGGGAGAGGCGGCCUCCAAGGCCUCAGGCGGUUUUAUUCCCAGCUCUACUGCUGAUAAACCCGAUAGCCCUGGUAACUCUUCCAGCCUGCCCGGGAUGGCGCCGCGGCGGGGCUGAGCGGGGCCGGGGCCGGGAUGGACGGCCCGAGCGGGGGGUGCCCGCCCCCCGCCACCGCCGCCCCGGCGCGGGCGAAGCUGCCGCUCGGCAUCGUCUUCUCGACGGCCCUUUUCUGCGGGGAGGGGGCGGCGGCCGCCGUCCUCUGCCGCUCCUACGGCCACUCCGACGACCGCUUCUGGCUGGCGCUCACCGUCUUCUUCGUGCUCUGCCCCUCCGUCCUGGUGCAGCUCACCCUCAUCUUCGUGCACCGCGACCUCAGCCGCGACCGCCCCCUCGUCCUGCUCAUGCACCUGCUCCAGCUCGGGCCCAUCAUCAGGUGCGUGGAGGCCCUGGUGGUGUACUGCUGGUCGGGGAAGGAGGAGGAGCCCUACGUCACCAUCACCCGCAAGCGGCGGCUGCGGAAAGGCUACGAGGUGGAGAUGGAGCAGGAGGUGGGCCACUCGGUGCGCCGGCUGGCCACCCACCGCAACGCCUUCAAGCGCAUGGCGGUCAUCCAGGCCUUCCUGGGCUCCACCCCGCAGCUCACCCUCCAGCUCUACAUCAGCGUCCUGGAGAAGUACGUCCCUGUGGCCCGAGCCGUCCUCAUGGGCAUCUGCCUGGUGUCAGUCACCUAUGGAGCACUAGUCUGCAAUGUCCUGGCCAUCCAGGUCAAGUAUGACGACUACAAGGUCCAGCUGCGGCCACUGGCCUUCCUCUGCAUCGUGCUGUGGCGCAGCCUGGAGAUCUCCACCCGCGUGACCGUCCUCGUGCUCUUCAGCACCGUCUUCAAGCACUGGAUCAUCCCCAUCGCCUUGGCCAACCUGCUGGUGGUCUUCCUCUUGCCCUGGGUGCAGUUCUGGCGGAGUGGUAGCCACCUGCCUGACAACAUCGAGAAGAACUUCAGCCGGGUGGGCACGGUGGUGGUGCUCUGUGCCUUCACCCUCCUCUACGCCAGCAUCAACAUGUUCUGCUGGUCAGCCAUGCAGCUCAAGCUGGCCGACCGGGACCUCAUCGACAAGUCGCAGAACUGGGGCCGCUUGGCCGUGUACUAUGUGGCCCGGCUGGUGGAGAACACGGCCCUGGUCAUCCUCUGGUACUUCUUCAAGACAGACGUCUACGAGAACAUCUGCACCCCGCUGCUGGUGGUGCAGCUGCUCCUCGGCUACUGCCUGGGCAUCUACUUCAUGCUCCUCUUCUUCCAGUACCUCCACCCCUGCCGCCAGCUCUUCCACCAUAACGUCGCCGACUUCCUGCACUGCGUCUGCUGCCGCCGGCGCCCGCCGGGGACCCCUCUGUGCUUGCAGGCACCCUACGAGCCCGGCGUGAGACACAGCAUCGUCUGAGGCACAGCCAGCACCUGGCUUUUCCAGCUGGCUACGGACACGGGGACGGGCAGUGCCGGCAGCCGGGGGGGGCUCAUGGCACAAGCUCCCUGGCCCUGUGGUGGCAGCGGGUCCCGGUGUGUCCCCGCAGUGGCAGGGGGACAGGAGUGUGCCUGCCUGCCCAGGACUGCACGCAUGGACACGAGGGUCUUACGGGGUGCCCAAGCCACCAGUGGCCGCGAGCUGGCUGCCAUGUGGUGCACAGCCCCUGGGGUGCCCGGGCACCCCCCAACCGCCCGCUACGGUACGUGCGGUGGCCGUGGGGCCACAGGUGACGGUGGGACUGUUUUAAGCAGUAAAGAAACCUUUGCUGUG